CAAUAUCGAAAUUUUCAUUUUCCAGACUAUUGAUAUCUCCUUGAUGCCGGAUAUUUUGUUCAUCAGUUCAAACGGUUCAACGGGCUUCAUCUAAAAAAAAAAAGAAGAAGAAGAAGAAGAAAAGAAAAGAAUCUCAUAUGACUGACUAGAGACCUGAAUUGUGCGCUUAGAAGAGAAAGAAUCAGUAAGAUGUACGACAAGUGUCAUACGAGGGAUCGGAUUCGAAGGUUGUCGUGCUCUCGGCGUCUAGGCCCGCAUUGGAGUCCUCCACCUGCCACAGUUGACGGCUGCGGCUAAUCAUAACCGGAACACUCUUUUAGUCCAACAGUUUUGACGGAAAUCUCCCUCUGGAAUCGGUCUCUCCUGCUGCUUUAAUAUUGACUUCUCAACCUUGGAAUGAUGAAGAAUGAAGAAAAUGAUCUUGCAUCAGGAACUUUCACAUGGAAAAUCGACAAAUUCUCCAAGUUGAAUGCCGACAAGUGUUAUUCUGAAGUUUUUGUUAUUCGCAGUUUCAAAUGGCGGGUUAUUCUAUAUCCAAAGGGGAACAAAGUAGGGCACUCCAUAUCCAUGUAUUUGGAGGUUGCAGAUUCCUCAAAAUUGCCGUCUGGGUGGACUAGAUAUGCCAAAUUCAGUUUCACCUUGGUUAAUCAACUUGAUAGAAUCCUGUCAAAAACCACAGACCAUGAGCAUGAGUUCAAUGCGAAUGAGAGUGACUGGGGACUCAAAGAAUUCAUGAAUUUAAGUGAGAUCCAUGACCUUUCUAAAGGCUAUCUUGUGAAUGAUAUUUGUAUUGUUGAAACCAAUGUUUCAGUUCGUAAGGGUGAUAUUAAAAUCUUAGACAAUGAAACUGGCGAGCUUAUGGAUUUUAAGGGUUUAGGACGAAUAGAGUUAGCUUUUCUUCCACUGCUGGAAGAAGUCUGUUUGUUGCAUCCUUCGUUAAUUGAGUGCCAACAGAGGAGAAGCCGUACAUUUUUCGAAUGUGCAUUCACAACAUUGGGCCGACUCUUACAUUUCCUGAAGACUACAAAGGUGAAGAAUUUGAACCAAGAUGGCUAUGAGAGGCUUCAAAUUUUAUGGGAUGAGCUCGAGUGCUUCAAGUUUGACUUGACUUGGCUGCAGCCUCAUGUUCAAUCUGUUUUUGGUAUGAAGAACAUGACCGGAAGAGUAGAUAGAUUGAGAGAAGAUGUCAAAAUUUUGGAGAAUGAAAUCAAGAGGCGGAGGCUUAUGCUAGCAGCUGCAGAGGUCGACCUUGAGAGAGCGAAAGAAGAUUUGGUAAAGGCAGAACAAGGGUUUAAAAAGAUAGGUGAUGUGGAUUGUGUAAUAGGCUAUCCGUUGGCUUAAAUGUAGAGUUCAAAUUCUCUCUAUUCUGAUACUAGUUUGUUAAUGCUAUGUUUGCAUUGUACUGCUUCCAGCAGGACUCGUGAGUCAUAAAAUGUUUGCAUCCAAAAAUCUUGCUUUGUGUUUUUCUUUGCUUCACAUUAUUUCUAGUUGAGCU